GGUACACGCGUCGAAGCCAUCAAUUAUCUCAUGGCUUGGAUCGCAGAGUGCAGCGGAGGUAUGCUGUGGUGCAGCGGCUUAGCCGGGACGGGGAAGAGCUCGCUCGUGGGUACGCUCCAUGAACUUCUCACUGUCCACCUCAAGACACGCAAGCGUCUCGGCGCUUUCAUUCGCUAUGAUCGUGUUGAAUACUCCGAUGCAUCACACUUGAUCACGAGUAUUGCAUACUCGUUAGGGUUGUUUGAU